UCUUGUCUCACUCAGGAAGGGCAGGGUUGGGUGACUAACUGACAUUUCAAUAUUGUGAACGCAUCUUUUUCGUUCGAUUGUUAUGUCACAUUUUCUCCAUCUCAGAGAAUUUUUAUUUUGUUAUGAAUUGAUUUGAGGUAUCUGACCAGAGCAGGAUACCUCAACCAUAAUGUCGACCGUGAUGAGAACUGCCGUGUUCAAAGUGAUCAACACUAAUCAAGGGUGUAAAAUUGCGGCUUGUUCUGUUGUACAACAUCGUGGUAUCGCCGGCAAGGCACUGCGAGACUCUUUGCCCAAGCCGCCGCCGAAGCCAGCGCCCUUUGACUAUGAAAACAAAGAUUACACAUGGUUAAGGAGUUUAUUCGACAGAACGACCCAUAGAUUUGACCAGAACUCGAAAGUCAUUGUGGUCGAAGGCCCCGUGGCCGCUGGAAAGACAAAAUUUGCAGCUGAGCUAGCCAAGGAUCUUGGGAUGAAGCAUUAUCCUGAAGCUAACAUGAAUUACCAUUACAUUCGCCCAAAUGGUAUAGAUUUGAGGAUAUUCGACAAGGAUAUACCUGAAGACACUAGAACUUUCGACCAUAAAGAUUUUAAUCUUUGUCCUACUCAUCGUUUGGCAGCAAACUUUCAAAUUAUGAUGUAUAUUGCGAGAUACGGACAGUAUAUUGAUGCCUUAGCUCAUUUGUUAAAUACCGGUGAAGGUGUUGUUCUCGAGAGGUCUCCAUGGUCUGACUUUGUGUUUGUAGAGGCGAUGACAUCACAGAAAUUCAUGAGUAAGCAGGCCAGGAGCAUUUAUUAUGAGCUCAGAAAUUCUACAAUUGAAGAGUUGAUGAGGCCCCACCUUGUCAUCUAUCUGGACCUUCCUGUGGCAAAGGUACAAGAGAAGAUCAAGGCUCGCAACAAUGAUUACGAGGCUAAGGGCAAGGCUCUGUCAGUGCCAUACCUCACCGAGGUGGAGCGCCAGUACAAGAACAAAUAUCUGAGAGACAUCUCUACUCAUGCCGAGCUGCUUGUGUACGACUGGACUGGCGGCGGCGAGGUGGAAGUUGUUGUGGAAGACAUAGAACGUUUGGACUUUGAUAAGUACACAGAACGGGAGGAGCCCAAGAUGAAGGACUGGCGGCUUCCGCGCGAAAUCGACUGGGCCGAUCAUCGCAUGAUAUACACCAACCAGAAGUACUUCCUAAUGAAUCUGUUCUGCAUUCCCCGGACCCAUGCGCCGGAGUUGCUCACCAGUGCUGAGGACGCUUAUGAAAGGACCAAGGUCAUCUAUGCACACCCAGACUUCCAAUACGAAGUGGGAUACAAUCAGAAGGAUGGUAACACCUUGUUGAAAUCCAAGAUGCCCAAAUAUACGGAACAUAUCUAAAUGUCCGCGUUGGGUUGUAGAAGAAUUUAUUUAAUAAAAUUAUGUAAUAAUUUGUUUAGUUA